UGUCAAUGUCGUGAAAUGUUAAACGUCAAACGACAUAUGUCUCAUAUCAUUUGUUUUCCUUGUUUUCUUCCUUUCUGUGUGUUUCUUGUUUUCGUUUUCGACUUUUCAGUAUUAAGAUGGAUGAUUAGAUUUUACAACAAAAAAAUAGCCAUUCGUGAGAUAUUUGUGUUGAUAUAAGUUAUAAAUAAAAGAAAAUGUCUCGUUCUAUUCGGGCUGAGACCCGUAGCAGGGCUAAAGAUGAUAUAAAGAAGGUAAUGAAUGUAAUAGACAGAGUUCGACACUGGGAAAAGAAAUGGGUAACUAUUGGCGAUACUACCAUGAAAAUAUAUAAAUGGGUUCCAGUUACAGAACCGAAAAAAUCUAUGAAACACAGAGAAAAUAAGGAGAAUCUAAGAAAAAGCAAUGUUUUGGAUACCUCUAAUUCUAAUUCCAACUUCAGUCUAGCAGAGGACUCCAACACGUGCUUUUCCACAGUAAGUGAUUCUCAAGGCCCUACAGACUUCUCUUCAUCUCACAUGACAUUUUCUGAAGAUUCUAACUCGCAGGGUAGUGAAAUGGUUUCUGUAAAGAGACUGAAACCGGAUCGAGACUGA